UUAGCGAGUUUCGGUUCUUAUUCUUAAAAGCUCCGCAGAACUCGAUCUCGUGCCCGACGUUAAACGCGAUGUUGGUAUUAAUUUUAUAACACCAAAAAUAAACUUCGAAAAAAAUGAUCCGGUUAUUAUUUUUAAUUAAUUUACUAAUCGUAAUUGUGAGUGGCCGAGUGAUUAUUUCUCAUAAUGAUUACGUCCCGAAAGGUUGUGAAUGGGAAAUGAUGAAGAUUUUCGAAGACGACUCAUUAGAAGAGCCGGUUUUGACGUGUCAAAUAAGAACUAUAAGCGGCGUGGAUUCAUUAAUGAACGAUAUGAGUCCGUUUCAAACGGAUCUCGUUGAAAAUUUAAAAUUGGAGUGCAGUGACGUAUUAUUUUUUGAGAGUACUUUAGAAUCGAAACGUGAAAAGCCGUUUUUGAGUCAUUUGAAACGCCUGAAAGAAUUGCGAAUUGAAUAUUGCAAAAUCCGAAACGUCCCCCCGGCUAUUUUAUCGUCGAUGCAUCAUUUGCGAAGUUUGUCUUUGAGAUCGCACAACUCCGAUUGGUCCGUGAUGACUUUGGAACUUCACAGAGAAAGUUUUUUGGGAAUGAGUCAAUUGAGGAGCUUGGAUUUGGGGGAUAAUAAUAUUUGGACGACUCCUCAACAUUUAUUUUGUCCGUUAUAUAGUCUCGAACGUUUAAAUUUAACUAAAAAUAAACUUCAGGAUAUCAUUUCCUUGGGGUUUAAUGAAAUCAAUGAGAUGACGCAUUCGAGGAGUUGCGGAAAUAGCUUGGAUAUUUUGGAUUUAUCUGAUAACGACAUUAUUUCGAUCCCGGAUAAUUCAUUUACGAAUUUGAAAUCUUUGAGAACUUUGAGUUUGCAAGAUAACGCGAUUUCAUCAAUUGGAGAUAGAGCUUUCUCAAAUUUGAGAAAUUUGCAAACGCUUAAUAUGUCGAGUAAUUCAAUUGUUGCGUUACCUCCGGAGCUUUUUCAUUCCUCGCGAAGUUUGAAUCAUCUUUAUCUCCAAAAUAAUUCGUUGAGUGUGUUGGCGCCGGGGAUUUUGGAAGGUUUGGAUCAACUGCAAGUUGUCGAUUUGAGUCAUAAUGAGUUGUCGAGUAAAUGGAUUAACCGAGACGCUUUUAAAGGAUUAGUUAGGUUAGUUGAGUUAAAUCUUGGCUAUAAUAGUUUAAAUAAAAUCGAUGGAAACGUUUUUAGAGAUUUAUUUAGUCUCCAAAUUUUAAAUUUGGAACGAAAUCAAAUCGAAACUAUCGUUGAAGGAGCUUUUGGGCAAUUAAGUAAUUUGCACGCUUUGAUUUUGUCGCAUAAUCGACUCCAAACGAUUGAAGCGUUCCAUUUAAAUGGGAUGUACGCUUUGAAUCAAUUAAUAUUAGAUUUUAAUUAUAUAAAAAUCAUUGAUGAUCAAAGUUUCGAGAAUAUAACGAAUCUUCAAGAUUUGGGAUUAAACGGAAAUCAACUCGAUUCGGUUCCGGAUGGGAUUAAAAAGUUACGGUACUUGAAGUCAUUGGAUUUGGGGAAAAACUUGAUAAGAAGUGUAAACAACUCAUCGUUUGAAGGUUUAGAUCAAGUUUACGGAUUAAGAUUGGUCGAUAACCACAUUUCGAACAUCUCGAGGGAUGCUUUUUCAACUUUGCCAUCGCUAAAAGUUUUAAAUUUGGCGUCGAACAGAAUUAAACAUGUUGAACAAAGUGCGUUUUCGAGUAAUUCGGGGUUAAAAGCUAUUUUAUUGGACAAUAAUCAACUCACGGAUAUUAGUGGUGUUUUUACAAACUUGGAAAGUUUAAUUUGGUUAAACGUUUCGGCUAAUAACUUGAACAUUUUCGAUUUCGGUCAUCUUCCGUUGAAUUUGCAAGGUUUGGAUUUAAGAAAUAAUCAAAUAACCGAACUUAACGAUCGAUUCGAUGUGGUUAAUUCGAGUAAUAUUAAGUUUUUCGAUGUUAGUUUUAAUUAUUUAAGUGAAAUUAAUCAGCACUCGGUUCCUGCGAAAAUCGAAGAGUUCUUUUUGAAUAAUAACAGAAUUAAAUCGAUUGAACCUAAUUCGUUUUUGAAUAAACAAAAUCUAAAAAAAGUUGUUUUAAGUUAUAAUGAAAUCAAAAACUUGGAUAUUUCCUCGUUAAAUUUGGGGGGUUUUAAUGAAAAUGAUGAUUUGCCCCAAUUUUAUUUAGGAAAUAACCCGUUUUAUUGCGAUUGUAACAUGGAGUGGUUGUUGAGGAUCAAUCAUUUAAGCAGUAAUUUAAGGCAAUACCCCCAAAUUUUAGAUUUAGACUCUGUUAAUUGUGAUUUAGUUCAUAGCAGGGGAUCGCCUCCCCAAAAACUUUUAGAUUUAAAACCUUCCCAAUUUUUGUGCGAAUACAAAACGCAUUGUUUCGCUUUGUGUCAUUGUUGCGAUUUCGACGCUUGCGAUUGCGAAAUGACUUGCCCCAAUAAUUGCACGUGCUUCCACGAUUUAACUUGGUCCUCAAACGUGGUUGAUUGCAGCAACGCCGGGUACAGAAACGUCCCCGAAAAAAUCCCAAUGGACGCCACAGAAAUUUACCUCGACGGAAACGAUUUAGGAGAAUUAGGGAGCCACGUCUUCAUCGGAAAGAAAAAAUUAGAAGUUUUAUUCUUAAACAACAGCAACAUCUUAAACAUCCACAACCGAACCUUCAACGGAGUUAAAUCGUUAAAAAUCCUCCACAUGGAGAACAACCAUUUAGAAGAAUUGAGAGGUUUCGAAUUCGACCAAUUACAAAAAUUAAACGAAUUAUAUUUAGAUCAUAACAAAAUUUCUUUCGUUGGAAAUCAAACUUUUAACGCAAUGAAAGAAUUGGGGGUUUUAAAACUCGACGAUAACGAAAUCGUUAACUUCAACAACCCCUUCGAUAAAUUAAAAGAAACCGAAACACAACCCAAAAUUACUUUAGAUGGAAAUAAAUGGAGUUGCGAAUGCGAGAAUUUACUCAAAUUAGAAUCGUGGUUAAAAGAAAACAUCGAAACGAAUCCCGAUAAAUUACUUUGUCAAAAUCGAAAAGAAACCGUCGCCGAAAUUUUGCGCAAAUGUGAUAAUGAAAUUAACGCCGUGGCGACUGUAAUGCAAAAGAAAAUUUUAACCAACAACAUCUUAUUGGGGGGAAAUUACAUUCCUUUAUUAGCGGCGAGUUUGGUUACUUUAAUAAUUUUAUUUUUAAUUUUUUCGAUUAUUUUCGCUUUCCGCCAAGAUUUCAAACUUUGGAUUCAUACAAAAUACGGUUUAAGAAUUUUCAAAAAAUCUACGGGGGAAAUCGAAAACUUUGAAGAAAACGAUCGCCUUUAUGAUUGCUACAUGGUUUACAGCUACAAAGAUGAAGAUUUAGCUAACAGAAUCAUAGGUCCCGAUUUAGAAGCUCACGGUUAUACACUUUGCCUUCAUUAUCGCGACCUUCAUCUCGUCGGAGGCGCUUCUUAUCUUGUCGAUGCGAUGGUUGGAGCCUCUGACGCAUCAAAAAGAGUCAUCUUUGUCGUUUCACCCAGUUUAUUAUCCAACGAAUGGCAAAGACCCGAAUUUCGUGCAGCCCUCCAAACGGCGAUAACAACUCGUUUCCGAUAUAAAUUAAUUUGUGUUUUAUAUGGUGAACCAUUAGAACCCAUGGAUCCCGAAUUACGAGCUUUAUUAAGAGCUUGUUCGGUUACAAGAUGGGGUGAGAGAAGGUUUUGGGAAAAAUUGAGGUAUUUUAUGCCCGAUUUAGUUAAGAAUAAUCGAUUAAUCAAGAACACCGUCGAUUUGAGAAAUAAAAUAACCUCCCGAUACACUUCGCCCCCCACUGGAAUACCAGAAAAUUGGAAAUACACCACAAUAACAUCAACCCCAACUCAAAGUACUUACGUUUCGGGGGAAUCCUCUAGGAGUACUGAAGAUGAAGGUGCAUCUUCUACGAGUUCUUCGCAACAUUCCGGGUGUUCAGAGGGAAAUUCUCAAUUAAAUCAUGGUUACAUUUCAAUUGAUGGUAGACCAAGUGGUCAUGUUUAUUCGACCAUUCCGGAAUCGCAACAACAACCACAAGCGAAAACAAAAACUUAUUUUGUUUAAAAAAUCUCAAUUUGGACUGAAUGUAAAGGUGUAAAAGUCAUGUUUUUUGAAAAGAAAUAAAAGGCUGUUACUUAAUUUUUUAUACCACUUGUAUAGAUAAGAAUCUUGUAAAUAAGCGUGAUGAUUUUUCAAAAUGUCAAUUCGUAUCAAAUACGUAAUUAACUUUAGAAAAAAAAUACUUUAUAAUAAAUUUUUUUCAAUUUAUUGAGUGUCAAAAAAAUUUAUAAAAAAUUCGAUUUUGCUUGAAAAAAUGAUAGUCACUAGGUUUUAAGUAAACGAAACUAUGUACAUAAUUCGAUCAAUAAAUUCCUAUUUCUUCAUUGAAAUCGCACUUAAUGAAUAAAUGAUGAUAUGUAAAUUGUGUUUAUAUUUAUAAUAGGUGAUAAGGCGGAAAUAUUUAAGACUGUUGUUGAAUAUAAUUAUUGUAAAUACGUGCUCGACUUUUUUCGAUGAUUACUUAUCGGUGAUUUAAAAAUAAAAUUUUCUUUUUACUAAAA